AUGUGUCCCGAUCAGGUUGACCUAAACACAACACAAUCAGAUCUAAUGAUCUUACAAGAGAAGGGUUUCUUACUGGACAAAAUGGUUGGUGAAGGAUCUUACGCAAAGGUUUACAAAGCAACGCAUGUUAUUGACGAAACUCGUCAUGUUGUACUGGCCUGCAAAGUGAUAGACACCGCGCAAGCACCUCGCGAUUAUCUCACUAAAUUUUUACCUCGCGAGCUAGAUGUUUUGAUAAGAGUGACUCAUCCUCACAUAAUAAAUGUGUCCAAUAUAUUUCAACGGCGUGCUAAAUACUUCAUUUUUCUACGUUUCGCAGAAAACGGCGAUUUGCUAGAUUUUUUGACACAAAACGGUGCAGUACCAGAAAAUCAAAGCAGGCUUUGGAUGAGACAGAUUAUAUCGGGAAUUUCUUACAUACAUACUAUGAAUAUAGCCCAUAGAGAUUUAAAAUGCGAAAACAUAUUAAUAACAUCAAAUUACAAUGUGAAGAUAACUGAUUUCGGAUUUGCUCGAAACGUGAAACACCGCGAUAAAGAUCUGCUUAGUGAAACUUACUGCGGUUCUUUAUCGUAUGCUGCUCCAGAGGUCUUAAAAGGCGUACCCUAUCUACCUAAAUUAGCAGAUAUGUGGUCACUGGGCAUCAUUCUUUACACAAUGCUGAAUAAAGCAUUGCCCUUUAAUGAGACAUCCGUAAAAAAACUGUACGAGAAGCAGGUGAUGCGUAAGUGGCGAUUUCGAACCAGUGUUGUAAACCAGUUGUCCCAAGAAUGCAAGCAACAAGUUACACUGUUAAUGGAACCUGAUGCUAAGUCGCGGCCUACAGCUGCCAAUAUUUUUCAAGGCCCUUGGAUUGCCAUGGACCCUAGACUAACAAAAUUGACGUUUAUAGAAGAAUCUGUAAUGAAACAAGCACGUGAAGAUGCACUAAAGCGGGAGCGGGACGCAGAAGAAGAAAAUGAGGUGGAGAGAAUAGCAGAAUUACGCCGUCGGGGACGGGGCAAAGAGGGCCUCAAAGUUUUAAAAAGCACCGAUGCAACUAUAAUAAAUUCGCAACAGUUAUUUGAAAAUGAACUGUGA